CAUUCUUUUUUUUCUUCUGAUAAAUCUUUUCCCAAAGACAGUUUGAACACAACGCAUGACGUUAUUUCUGUUAUGGUCGGUGGGAGGUGGGGGCGUGCUUGAGCAGGGGAACUCCACGAAAACAGCCAUUUCUUGCAGAGUGUUGCCUCAUCUGACAUUAGCUAUUUCCCCUCAUUCAGCGGAUGUCGCUAUCUUAUUCAUGGCCUUACCGCGAAAACGAAUAUGAGGUCCACUGAGACCCGUGCAUUCAUUGCAUUUAAUUUCAAACGUUUAGUUCAACCUUUAUCGCGUACUGACUCUUUGUAAUUACAAUGGAUGUGCAGCUAACGGACCAUUACGGCACUAAGCCCGGACUGAAAACAAGUAAUGUUAACGUUACGCCAGGCAGGGAGUGUGGUUCGGGUCAAGGUAAUAACAAGACGAAAAAAACGAGAAGAGGAAAAAGAGGCAAACGAAGACGUGGCAAGAAACCGAAGGAUGAACCGCCACCUUAUUUACCCCCGGAGGCAGAGGAGGGUAAUAUUGAGUAUAAGCUGAAGCUGGUGAACCCCACGCAGUACCGCUUUGAGCACUUGGCCACGCAGCUGAAGUGGCGUCUGCAGGAGGGCCGCGGGGAGGCCGUCUACCAGAUCGGGGUGGAGGACAACGGCCUGCUGGUGGGCCUCAGCGACGCCGAUAUGAGGGCCUCGCUCAAGACACUCAAGCGCAUGGCCGAGAAGGUUGGUGCAGACAUUACACUUCUCAGGGAGAGGGAGGUAGAUUAUGGCUCAGACAGAAGCUGCCGGAAAAUCGCAGAAGUCCUGGUGCGGAAAGUUCCAGAUGAUCAGCAGUUCCUGGACCUGCGAGUGGCGGUUUUAGGGAAUGUGGACUCGGGGAAGUCCACCCUGCUGGGGGUUCUGACUCAGGGGGAGCUGGACAACGGGCGUGGCCGGGCCCGACUCAACCUCUUCAGGCACCUGCACGAGAUCCAGUCCGGAAGAACCUCCAGCAUCAGCUUUGAGAUCCUGGGCUUCAACAGCAAGGGAGAGGUGGUGAACUACAGCGACUCGCGCUCCGCUGAGGAGAUCUGCGAGAGCUCCUCCAAGAUGAUCACCUUUAUGGACCUUGCAGGCCACCAUAAGUACCUGAAGACCACCAUCUUCGGCCUGACCAGCUACUGCCCGGACUUCGCCAUGCUGGUUGUGGGGGCCAACACAGGCAUAGCUGGCACGACGCGUGAGCACCUGGGCCUGGCGCUGGCUCUGAAGGUGCCCAUCUUCGUGGUGGUGAGUAAGGUGGACGCGUGUGUGUGUGCCCGCGGGGCCCUGGAGCGCACGCUACGCCAGCUGGAGCGCCUCCUCAAGCAGCCCGGCUGCGGCAAGGUGCCCCUCCUGGUCGCCAACGCCGACGACGCUGUCACAGCAGCACAGCAGUUCACACAGUCAUCCAGUGUGACCCCUAUCUUCACACUGUCGAGUGUGACGGGGGAGAAUCUGGACCUGCUGAAGGUUUUCUUGAAUGUGCUUCCGCCACUCAGCAACAGCAAAGAGCAGGAGGAGCUCAUGCAACAGCUCACAGAGUUCCAGGUGGAUGAAAUCUACUCAGUCCCAGAUGUUGGUACAGUAGUGGGAGGAACCCUUUAUAGUGGUGUGUGUGGGGAGGGUGAGCGUCUGGUGGUGGGUCCCACAGAUGACGGCCGUUUCCUGCGUCUGCGAGUCCUGAGCAUCCAGAGGAACCGCUCCAGCUGCAGAGUGCUGCGGGCAGGACAGGCCGCUACGCUCGCCCUGGGCAACUUCCCCCGCUCACUACUGAGAAAGGGUAUGGUGAUGGUUAGUCCAAAGAUGAAGCCCAUCAUCUGUUGGCGUUUCGAGGCAGCCGUGGUCCUUCUGUUCCAUGCCAAGACAUUCCGCAGUGGUUUCCAGGUGACCGUUCACGUCGGCAACGUCAGGCAAACGGCAACUGUUGAGUGCCUCCAUGGAAAGGAGGAGUUGCGUACGGGAGAGAGUGCGGUGGUGUGUUUCUGCUUCCUGAAGCACCCUGAGUACCUGAGGGUGGGUGCCAAGCUGCUCUUCAGGGAGGGGGUCACCAAGGGCAUCGGCCACGUGGCCCAGCUCCUACCGGACCUCAACACACCCGACCAGAACCACACACACAACCACAACAACAACAACAUCACCUAGACACACACACACACAC